UCAUACUUCAAGCAAACAAAUAAAAUGGCCAAAUUAUCAAAAGAUUUGCCAUGGAUCAUCCCAUUUAUGCUGCUGGCAAGUUUUACAAAUUCUCAGGAACAUUGCGAUCCAUCCUAUUGCAAUUUCGAAGGACAGUGCAUCGAAGAAAACAAUUUGAGAAAAUGUCAAUGCAUCGGAGAGAAUUAUUUCACAGGCGCACGUUGUGCACAAAUUGUCGAUAGUUGUCGUUCGCGACCAUGUCAAAAUCAAGGUCAAUGUCAUGGAUUGGUAGGCCAAUACAUGUGUCGGCAAUGUACCGAAGGAUAUGGCGGUUUAUGGUGUGAUGUGAAGAGGAAAUCGAUCUUUCAAAAUAUGGCCCUAUAUUUCAAUCACUACGGUUACUAUGCAAAGUCCCAAAACUUCCUUAUAGUAGUAGAGAAUCUAGGCUCUGUAGAUUUCUCACUGGAAUUGCUGGGUCACAAUUACGUGGUGGAUAGUUUCGAAACAAAAAUGGGGCGUGGCUCAACACAAUGGACACACACCUCAGAUCUGGCCUCGGUUAUCAGGAAAUGUGGAAUACGAUAUUACAAUGAUUUGCCUUACGGAGAAGGCUACUACCACCGCUCGCAGCAGGUAUUUUGGGAUUUGGGUAUGCUAAUAUUAAGCCUGCGUUCCUAUGAUACGGAAUCAGCUUUAGAUUUAUUUCAUAUGCAAAACUUUGAUAUAUUGGUGUUGCAAACAGCAGAACUUCCCUGCGUUCCUCGUCUCAGGUUUUCUCAUGGCUUCGAUCCUUUAGAACCACUCACACUAGAUAUGGCGAGAUUUAAUAAUUUUGCACCAUUGGUUUUGCAUCGCUGCUCAACGAAAUCCGAAGUUAGCUUUCAAUGGCAGAUCUGCAAUAACAUCGGUAAUAAAAUAUUGCACGAGUACGGUGAAACAACCAUAGCAUUGCUGAAAGUACCACCAUACCGGUUGUGGUUCCAUUACAAUGGCGAGGUGAUAUCCUCCUUUUCACUAGUUGCCACAUUGACAGAGAAGAGUCAACAGAUUGACACACGAACACAGGCGAGGUGCUUCAUUUUAUUGUUGCCUAAGCCUGUGGAGGCUGCAAUCACAGGAGGCCUCCACAGACAGGUGGGAAUGAAUCAAGAUCUCCUGAUGGAUGGUUCGGCAAGUCGUGACUACGCCUUAGCUGCUUCAACAAAGCAAAACUUAUUUUUUCAAUGGGAUUGCUCAUCCGUAGAUGAUUCGAAGAAUCACUUUUGCCAUUCUAAUUUGAGUACUGACAACAAGAUGGAAAUUCCAAAGGGGAAUCUCCAACCAAACGCCACCUAUGAAUUUAUCCUUAAGGUACAAUCCAAAGUCUUCCCCCAAAGCACAAAUCUGGCCAAACAACAGAUUGUUAUUACCGAAAAACCACAGCUUUUGCUUGACAUUGUGUGUGUACGCAAUUGCCAGCGUGGUCGAUUUAACGGUGAUCAAUUUAUCCAUCUUAUGGUCCAACGCGUUAUGGGAAAGAAACGCUCAACAUUUGCCAAGAUUUCCUGGACUAUAAAUAGUGCUGCUAAGAACCUGUCCAAUGACAGUCGUUGCUUAUAUACCCCAAAGGAGUUUGAAUCUUCGUUGUUGUUCCAAGUGGAGGCAUGGGAUGAAAAAGGAGUCGGAGGAAAAGCCUUAAAAGAACUUAAACUUAAUUUGCCACCUAUUCAAGGGUCCUGCACAAUUACACCCGAUCGUGGAGUUGCUUUCGAAACCGAUUUUCGCCUUAAGUGUAUAGAUUUUCAAGAUACAGAAACACCCUUAAGUUAUGAGUUUAUGGUGGAAAACUUUGUCCUGGAACGGAUCAAUGAUGCAGAGGUCACUCUUGUGCUGCCCGAAUGUACGGCCUUAAAAAUAUUAAUAUGUGAUCAACUGAAUGCCUGCACCCAAAUCCAAUUGUCGGUAAUGGUGGAUCCUUUGCCCAAACCUGCAAAUCUAUCAAAUUUUUCAUCCACGUAUGGCAACUACAAUCAUUUUGCACUCGGAAUGGGUCAUACACAUAUCUCUUUAGUUCUGAUAAAAUCGCUUGCGAAAUAUUUGAACUCUAGCAAAGAUAUCGGACAAUUGAUCCAACACUUUGGAAAUCUCGAGCUUCAUACUUUGUUGGAGAUGGAGCAGUGGCUGGGUAUUUGUCAUGGCAUAACGUUCCGUCUUUUGCCAUUAGACAGCCAAAAGAGUCUUGCUUUGAAGGAAUUCCUAGGAAAAUUGUCGCAUGUCCUUCGAUCUAUAAGUAAGGAUCAGGAGAUUCAAUACAUGUCCCUUAAAUCAUACGAACAGGCAAUGGCGCAAAUAUGGGCCAUUGCUGAGGUACUAUCCAGAACCUGGGAAAUUCCACUGAGUGUUCACAAGACGGAAUAUGCGCAAAUGGUGACAUCGCCGAACCCUUUGGCUGAGAGCUAUUCGGACUUGUCGGAUUUUGAUAUCUUCGUAUUGGAUAGAAUCGCAAAUUGGGUACAGACAACAAGGGAAUUGAGCAACAGUUUGCAUUUACUUGGCUCACAGGCCUUGCACAAAUAUCAACCCCUGGAACCAGCUCUUGUCAUAGAUCACGAUUCAGUGAAGUUGAGGAUAAUUGCCUUCGAAAAGAGCCGCGAUCAUUAUGUGGAUAUGAGGGAACAACUCAUAGACAUGGGAAUAUGUACAGAGGUUAUUGCCGAUUUAAAGAGGCAAUUUGACAUCGAGGGACAUUUCACAGUGCAUGUAGGCUCCUCAAAACUAAAUCAUUUCUGGUGGUUUCCCGAUGACAUUCCCAUUUCCACAAAUCUCUUGCACAUGUCCUUUCAAGGCCAAAGGCAUCUAUUCGGCCAAAGUUUCAGAUUAUUCCAUCCGAUUGAAGUCGAAUUUCAUUUGAACCAGACGCAGCUUCUUCAUUCCCAAAUGGAGUUUGGAAGUGAAAUAAGGUCCCCUCUACACAUGGCCUUACUCUCCCUCAAACUUCCUUCAAAUGCUGCUCUGGUUGUCACUCUGCACCAAGCUAAAACAACUAUGCUGAUAGGAAUAGGAAUUGGACACACACCUCGCAGUCACCAAUUGCAAAAGCCGUUGAAUGAGACCUUUCGUCGGCAUGCGAUUGUGAAUGUUGAUACACAAAUGAAAGAUACCUUUAUUGAUCUCCUAGCUGCAAAUGACAAUGUAACAUUUCCCUUUCCCUACAAAUUAUCUAUGCAGAUAGUUCAAUGCCUGUUUUGGGAUUGGAAUGCUAAAGACCCACAAUGGUCCUCGGAUGGCUGCGUGCCGGAACUUGAUUUGGAAGCAUUUCCCUUGCUGGUGAAAUGUAAAUGCAACCACUUAUCCAUAUACACUGCCAAAUGCUAUCCUACUGCCAUAACUGAAGUUCUCAAAGUUCGUAGUUUGUUGAAUGUCCUGUCCCUUAACUGGCAUGCCGUUGCCCUCUUUGUGCUGACGGCAAUAACACUCUCUGUAACACUGAUCUGCAAUUAUUUUCGCUCACUAAAGCACAGUGCACUUCUCAUAUCCGAUGUCAAUAGCCAUGACGAGGACGAUAUUGAAGUAUGUUUGUACACAGGAUCUGCCGGGAACUCGUUCUCUACAGCCAACAUUCAACUGAGUUUUAUAUCGGAAAGCGGGCCUUAUUCCCUGACAAUCUACCAACACCCCAAGAAACUGCAACUGCAACAGAAUUCUGUUUGCAAACUCUAUCUGAGCAGCCACAAGGUAAGGAUUCCCUCAAAACUGAGCAUUGAAAAUAACCAGGUGGGACGUUAUCCUUCAUGGUAUUGUCAUAGGAUCACAGUAAGGAACCUCAACACAAAUUAUCUCCAAUCGUUUCCCAUAGAGCAAGGCAUCUCCUUGACACCCAUUGAAACAAUCUUUUCGCCCAUAAAACAGUCAUUCACUGAAGUGUUGCGGCAACAGCUCGCCUAUCUGUACGUCAAUUGGUUUCAAUUUCAACCUCUUAUGGGGCCAGCAAUAUUCAACGACCUCUGCCGCCUGCAACGGACCUGCGUAUGGAUGUCACAGGUUAUGGUCUCACUUUGCAUGGUGGCAUGCUUCUAUGGUCCCACCACCAUGCACUCCUACGAACAAGAUCGAGAGCUGUAUUAUUCACUGCAAUUUGGCGUUGUCGAGUUGGUUCUCUUGCCUUUGGCCUGCAACCUCUGCAGUUUGGCUGUGCGUUGUCUCUUCUCCACCAUUCGAAUAGAAGACGACUCAAAUUAUUGACUUGCAAUUGUUCUUUAUUGAAAUUAAAAAUAAAAAUAUUUUGGCACAUAUGAAA